AUGAAUUCGCCGUCGCCCUCGGCGACCGAAGCCGCUUCGUCGGCUAGAAAAGCGCGGGCCAAGCAUGCCUGUACCGUCUGCAACUCGCGGCGUGUGCGCUGCGACGUGAUGGAGGUGCAGCCAUGCACCAACUGCGUCGAUGCAGGCGUCAAGUGUGAGGUGCUGCCGUCAAGAAGAGGAAGAUAUCCUCGGAAGCCACGGCACAAGGGACCGAGAACGAGGCAGAACCACCGGAAUGGAGCAUCUGCGUCCGGCACCGCGGAGAGCACAGAUCCGGAGGACCAGAUUCACCGAGAGGCCCACGCGACCAACACCACCACCCAGUCGCCUUCUCAGCCUGCCGCUUCCGCUUCCGCUUCUGCUUCUGCUUCUGCUUCUGCUACUGCCGCCACCACCGCUGCUCCAUCUUCCUCCUCCUCCGCGCCGUUUGGCAGUGCCGCAGCGGGCCACAGCUACCGCACGCGCAAGCAGACGGCAGCGCGCGAGGCCAGUCCACCCACUUCGCCGACGCCCGCCUCCUCGGCCAAGGCGUCGGGCGCACGCUUCUUUGGCGAGUCCAACUUUCUCACCAUUGUCUCUGGGGGCCGCGAGCGCGGCGAUGCCACCUCCAACCAGCCCGGCGGGGUCCAGUCCCGGUACACGUUUCACCUCCCGGCCAAGCGGCCGAACCCGGCCCAGGCCGAAGGCUCCGGUAUCAAGGAGUCGACGCUGCGGUACCUGCGCGACGAGGGCGUCUUUGACCUGCCGUCGCAGGAGCAGUGCGCGCCGGCGCUCCGCGCAUUCUUCACCUGGUUCCACCCGUGCUUCCCCGUCGUGGACGCGGCCGACCUGGCGAAGCGCUUCACCGAAAACAGGGUGCCCAAGGUGCUCAUGUACGCGAUGCUGAUUGUCGGAUGCACCUACUGCGACGAGUCGGUCAUAUCGGGCAUGGGGCUGAGCGACCGAUUUCAGGCCAAGACGCUUUUUUACACGCGAGCAAAGCUGCUGAUUGAUGCCGACUGGGAAAGGGAUGAAAUCACGCUCAUCCAGUCCCUGUUCUUGAUGAGCUUUCAGAGAAACGGGCCGUCCGACGUACGCGAUGUGCGGUAUUGGCUGGGAAAUGUCAUUACUCUAUCAGAGUCCAUCGGCCUUCAUCGAUCAUCCUGCUCAGUCUCCAAAACGGUAGAAACGCCCACAAUGAGAAGGAGAAUAUGGUGGUCCAUCUAUGUGCGCGAACGACAAUCGGCAGCAUCUCUCGGCUUGCCCAGCCGCAUCAGGGACGAAGACUGCGAUAUCGAGGCGCUGAGCGCCGCGGAUCUCGAGGCACCCGACGUGGACCUAAAGGAGCACCCGAUUCUCGCGCCAAUGAAGCCCGAGCACAUUACGUAUGCCAUCAAGAUGGUUGAAGUCGCACGGCUGAUCGGCCGCAUCAUUGACUUGCACUUUGUCCCUGGCCGGACGGGCUCCAAGGCCAAAGACGUGGAGAGCUUGGACAAUGCGCUCGAGGCGUGGAAAGAUAGCCUGCCGCAGAGUAUGCGCUUUCUGUCGGACGAGACGAAUACCUCGGUCUGGGCGUGUCUCUUGCACCUAGCAUACAACCAUCUUCGCAUCCUCAUCCACCGAAACAGCUAUCUCCACUCCAACGACAAGACCGCGAGCAGCAUGAUUGUAACGGCAUCAGCAUGCCGCAUCAGUCGAAUAGCCGAGGACAUGUAUACAAGUGGCUUAUUAGGCCGCGGCCAGAUGCACAUGAUAACCAGUCUAUUCACCUCACUGUGCAUCCACGUCAUCAGCAUCCGGCGUGACACGGGCGUCAACCGGCGCAUCGCCGAGAACCGCGCGCAAAUGUGCCUUAUUUGCCUCAAAGAAAUCCAAAAGUACUGGCGCAUCAACAAUAACGUUCUCGACAUCUUUUUCCAGUACCUUGACGCCUCCAUCGCCGACCGUCUGCACGCCAAGCAGCUCUACGCCGGCAACGGCCUCUCCGGCGCCGCGGUAGCCACGGCAAACGCCCACAGCGGCGGCGGUGGCGGCGCCGAGGCCGCGCAGACAUCGCUGCCGCCGGCCUCGUUUUCCAUUAGCGCGAGCAUGCCAUGGCAGCAGCAGCCGCAGCAACCGCCGCAGAUGACGCCGCAGUCGCCGCCGCAGCUCCAGACGCCGAUGAUGACGUUUCCGGGGGCGGCGAAUAACGUGCCGGACCUCAUCUUUGAUGAUCAGUAUUUUACGAAUCUCAUGAAUGGACACUGGGAGGCGGACGAAAAGAUUAGCGAGCUGGGUUUAUUUUUGCAAGCCGAAGACAUUACUGGUGGCAGGGGAUGGAGGUGA